AUGGCAGGAGCCAAGAAAAAGAAGAAGCCCGCUGCCAACCCUGCGCGUGGGUUUGCAACAACAUCGAUCGCCUCCAAACCUCGACCUGAGGUCACUGAGGAUGCUAGCAAGGGCCCUUCAAAUGCCGCUUCCAAUGCCCCUCCAACGGUCAAAAAAGAUCAAGCCCCACCGCCGUCUACCGCACAAGGGUCUGGCGCCGAUACUUCCAGCAAGGAGAAGGUUCUCAGCCCCGAGGAGUUUGAGAGGCAGCUUGAGGAGUCCGAGCUUCAACUCCUCGUCGAGGCCCAUUCACAGAAGGUGAAGCGUGAUGCCCAGCGUCAAAAGUCUCGUCUCCAGACAGAGCGCCGUCUACUUCGCAGCCAAGCCGACACAAUCAAUAUUCCAAAAUGGCUCCCUCCGGAUUUGAUGGAUCAUAUUCUAGAUCUUAUCCAGGCAGAAAGCCGUUUUGCUUCAUCGAAUAUGUCCUCAGAUACACUAAACGCAGGGAAAAUGCCAGCUGAGGAUGACAUGAUAAUCCGUCUCUGGACGCUCCAGCAAACUCUUGAGGCAGCCGAAUUCCCACAGAAUCGGGUCCAAGCAGUCAUUCGCUAUAUUUUGGAUAUUUCUCCCAACAUAUCUUCUGCCGGAAAGGAUCUCUUUUGGGGAUUGGAGGAGGCGCUGGAUUGGCUGGCCCGAGAAUGCCAGGCAGAUGAACUCCCAGCAUAUGAAUCAAGGCCCCGGCCAACUCCAAAAGAUACGCCAAACGACAGUCCAAUUCCAACUCGCUCAGGAACACCACAGCAAACGGAUGGACGUCUGCCGACUCGAAGUAAACCCGGCCAGCAAGGGCGAAACGGAAAACCCUCUACUUCAGCCAAGAAGAUUGUUGUGACGUAUGAUGAGGAAAUUGAGCCUGACAGCCUUAUCCCAGAAUAUCUAAAAGCACAGAAGGACCUCUUGGAGUAUGAAAGAAGUGGCCGCAAAAAGUCUACCCGGGACAGAGAGAACUCCCAAGAUUCUGAAACCGAGUUUGCCAUUGCUAAGCUCAAGGCAAAGCUGGAAAAGAUCCAAAAUGACGUUCUAUUUGACAAAUUUCUCGCUGAGCAGCAGUGGAAAACUCAACGAACCGCGUUGGAAAAAGAAAUCGCUGUCGCCAAGAAACAGGCUAAAAACCUUGAAAAAUCUGAAUCAGAGUUGGGGAGCAACCCUGAAAAUCCAGAUCCGCUGGACGAUGUGAAUGAAGAAGCAGAGCGGAUCGCUGCUGAAAUACUAAAGGAGACAAAUGAAGGAGAAGAUGAUUAUCUCGGUGAUCUGUUUGGUUCAUUGCCUCAGCAUGAGGUAGACCCAACAACUGGCAAAACUAACACCGUCAUCACCUCCGCCGACGGCGCCAAGAUUGUGAUCAGGGACUUUGGAAAGUGGACUGGCAUCAGCCCUCGCCGAGUAUUAGAAGAGGCAUGCCGUUCAAGGGACCCUUCCGUCAAAAUCAUCUACUCGCUCAUCUCCCAGACCUCAUUCGCAAACCGCCACGCCAUUGAUAUUACCUGGACAAAGCCUCAAGACACACCUCAGCAUAUCUUGAGUUCAGAUGUUGAGAUCUACAGCAAUUCUACCCAGUUUGCGUUGACUAUGACUAAUAUAUCAACCCCUGACAGUAAACAAUCUGAGGCCUACGCAGCAACAGCAGCCCUAUUCCACAUAUUCAGCAAUAAUCCCAAGGAGGAGAAGGUCAACCUUCGUCUUCCCUCAGCAUGGCGGGACCUUUGGCUGGAGUUUGCAGAGGCAAAGAAAACUCAUCUUGAUACGCAAGAUCGACUUGUGGUCAAGGACCUCCGGGAUCUAGUCCGCGAACGAAAGAAUCAGGAACUCGAAGAUGGUGUUAUCUUAACCAACGCUUUCCGCGGGCGAGGAGGAACGAAGAACCUAUCCGACUCGGGAGAGAAUGGAAGUCAAGACAGAUCGAAGCAACACACCGCAAAUGUGGAUGUCUACAAGAAGAUUUGGUCAGACAAGUCCAACACCCAGAAGUAUCAAGCUAUGCUCAAAUCCCGAAUGCAACUCCCAAUGUGGCACUUCCGAGAGAAGGUAUUAGGUGCUGUCGACAGUAACCAAGUUGUUAUCGUGUGCGGCGAGACAGGAUGCGGUAAGAGCACCCAGGUCCCGUCUUUCUUGCUUGAGCACGAGUUGUCCCAAGGGAAAUCAUGCAAAAUCUACUGUACAGAGCCCCGCCGAAUCUCCGCCAUUUCGUUGGCACGACGAGUAAGCGAGGAGUUGGGCGAGAACCGGAAUGACCUUGGAACAAACAGAUCACUGGUUGGCUAUUCCAUUCGCCUCGAAUCAAACACAUCGAGGGAAACACGUUUGGUGUAUGCAACUACCGGUGUUGUCAUGCGGAUGCUUGAAGGUUCUAAUGAGCUUCAAGGCAUAUCUCAUCUUGUAUUAGAUGAAGUUCAUGAGCGUUCUAUCGACAGUGAUUUCCUGUUGAUUGUCCUUAAGCGUCUCAUGGAGAAAAGACCAGACCUCAAAGUUGUUCUCAUGUCUGCCACAGUUGAUGCGGACCGCUUCUCAGCAUAUCUGGGUGGUGCCCCCGUUCUCAACGUUCCAGGGCGAACUUUCCCCGUUCAGGUUCAAUAUCUCGAAGAUGCCAUCGAGCUUACUGGUUACACUCCGUCAGACUCCCCAGCAGAUAAAAUGGUUGACCUUGACGAAGAUCCAAAUGAGAGCGAUAGCGAUGGUCCCAAAAGCGAUUUAUCUAAAAGCCUCACAGCUUACUCGCCGGCCACAAGAGGCACUCUUGCUCAAAUGGAUGAAUACCGUGUUGAGCCUGAUUUGGUCGUCCAAUUAAUUGCUCACAUAGCUUCAUCGGGGUCUCUACAACAAUACAGCAAAGCUAUACUCGUGUUUCUUCCCGGUAUUGCGGAGAUCCGCACGCUCAAUGACCUUCUCCUUGGUGAUCCUCGCUUUUCCCGCGACUGGCUAGUGUAUCCUCUCCAUUCUACGAUUGCGACCGAGGAUCAGGAGUCUGCUUUCCUCGUCCCACCACCCGGUACUCGCAAGAUUGUCUUGGCUACCAAUAUUGCUGAGACUGGUAUCACGAUUCCUGAUGUAACUUGUGUCAUUGAUACCGGGAAACAUCGAGAGAUGCGUUACGAUGAAAGGAGACAAUUAUCUCGCUUGAUAGACACAUUCAUAUCAAGGGCAAACGCGAAGCAACGAAGGGGACGUGCCGGUCGUGUUCAAGAAGGCCUAUGUUUCCACAUGUUCACCAAGUAUAGAAACGACAAGUUAAUGAACGACCAGCAAACCCCCGAAAUGCUACGUCUAUCCCUGCAGGACUUAGCUAUUCGUGUCAAAAUUUGCAAGAUUGGAGGUAUUGAAGAAACGCUAGGAAGUGCUCUGGAUCCUCCAUCUGCCAAGAACAUCCGUCGUGCGGUGGAUGCCUUGGUUGAUGUCCGCGCUCUCACUGCAGCUGAAGAGCUCACCCCCCUCGGUCAUCAGCUAGCAAGACUGCCAUUAGAUGUGUUCCUAGGCAAGCUUAUUCUACUUGGAACAGUGUACAAAUGCCUAGAUAUGGCCAUCACAGUCGCUGCCAUCUUGUCAUCGAAAUCGCCUUUUUCUGCGCCCUUCGGACAGCGCGCACAAGCACACAAUGCCAAGAUGCUAUUCCGCCGCGGAGAUUCCGAUUUGCUCACCGUCUAUAACGCAUAUAUGGCAUGGAAGCGAGUCUGCCAGUCCACCGGCACCUCGGGGAAAGAAUUCCAAUUCUGCCGAAAGAACUUUCUCAGCCAGCAAACGUUAGCCAAUAUCGAAGAUCUCAAAGGCCAGCUUCUUGUGUCUCUAGCUGACUCCGGGUUCUUAUCACUAACCGACGAAGAGAGACGAGCAUUGUCUAGACUUCGCUUUGCUCCCGGAGGUCGAAACCGCCGCCAGCAGCAGUUCUUUGAUGUCCCUCAACGCGUCAAUAUCAACAGCGACAACGAUAUCGUCUCAGCGUCAAUCAUUGCAUCCAGCUUUUAUCCAAGACUACUCGUUCGGGACACACCAGGUACUAAAGGCAUUCGCAAUAUCGGCAACAACCAAUCAAUCAGUCUUCACCCAUCAUCAGUGAAUAAGAACCAGCUCGACAUCAAAUGGCUAUCCUAUUACCACAUUAUGCAGGCAAAAACAGUCUAUCAUGCUCACGAGACCACAGCUGUUGAGCCAUUUUCAAUAGCAUUGCUUUGCGGCGAUGUCCGGUGUGAUAUGUACUCCGGUGUUAUCAUAUUGGAUGGAAAUCGAGGCCGUUUCUCUGUCCCUGACUGGAAAACCAUGCUUGUCAUCAAAGUACUCAGGACCCGACUUCGUGAGCUUCUAACCAGGUCUUUCAAACAGCCUGGUAAGCUCCCAACCGCUCAACAAGAAAAAUGGCUUGACGUGUGGCAGCGGCUAUUCUCUCAGGAUUUCGCGAAGGACAAACAAGUUGGAUCAAUUACGAAAGGCUAG